ACUCCUCCUCCUCCUCGAUCAUGCCUUCGAGAAGAAUUAGAACCGAUACUAUGAUCAAUUUGCACUUGGACUUGAGUUCUAUGAAAGAACUACCCGAAUCCCAUAGGUGGAGUCCUUCUCGUCGCGAUCUUCCUCGUAAGAAUGUAGACAAUUACAGGCUUAGAAAUGCAUCCACCGCGAGUGUGCCGGUUAUUGAUCUAUAUGACCCAAAUGCAAUGAAACUCGUGGGCCAUGCAUGUCGGACGUGGGGUGUCUUUCAAGUCACAAAUCAUUGCGUUAGCUCGAGUUCUCUUGACGCAAUUGAAUCUUUUGGGAGGAGCCUCUUCUCUCUUCCUCUUAGCCAGAAGUUGAAGACAACACGCACUCCUCAAGGCAUUGCCGGUUAUGGCAUGGCUCGGAUAUCUCCUUUCUUUCGAAAGCUCAUGUGGUCCGAAGGCUUCACCAUUUUCGGAUCACCUAUUGAUCAUGCUCGCUUGCUUUGGCCUCAAGACUACAUGAAGUUUUGUGCCAUAAUUGAACAAUAUCAGCAAGAGAUGAAGAAUCUUGUCCAAAGGCUCAUGUGGUUGAUAUUGGGUUCCUUAGGAAUGACCCAUGAAGAUAUCCAAUGGGGCGGAUCCAAUGGAGAUUUUGAAGGGGCAUGUGCCGCCAUUCAGCUCAAUUCUUACCCUCCCUGCCCCGAUCCGAACCGGGCCAUGGGUCUUGCAGCCCACACGGACUCCACCCUCUUAACCGUCUUGUACCAAACGAACACGAGCGGUUUGCAGGUUCAUCGAGAGGGAUUUGGGUGGGUCACGGUUCCACCAAUACCGGGCGGGCUCGUGAUCCAUGUGGGUGACUUGCUCCACAUACUAUCUAACGGGUCGUACCCGACUGUGUUUCACCGGGCUAUGGUGAAUCGGACUCAACAUCGUCUUUCGGUUGCGUAUUUAUAUGGGCCGCCAACUUAUGCCAAGAUUUCUCCAUUGCCCAAAUUAGUGGAUUCAAGGCGUCCAGCCCUUUAUCGAUCGGUGACGUGGGCCGAGUAUCUCCGCACAAAGGCCAAACAUUUUAAUAAAGCCCUUUCCAUGCUUCGUCUAUGAUGAUUUGUUUUGUAAUUUCGGAACCUAGCUAUAGGAC